CGCUGCCCCAGUGAGAGGCAAGCGGCGCGCUGUUGGCGCCCAAAUCUGCUGUUUCGCGUCGUGGAGUGCGCGCAGGGGGAGGAUGUGCGCUUGGCCGCCGUUGCUGCUCCUGUGCUGCUGGGGGCUGCCCCCUGUGGUCGGGCGCCACUACCCGCACAGCGCCGUGCUGGACUGGGCGUCCCGCUACCGGCUAUCCUGGGCGCCUCAGGGCAGCGCGAUCGCCUUCCGCCUGGAGGUGCGCACUCAGGGCUACGUGGGCUUCGGCUUCUCCCCGACGGGAGCCAUGGCUUCGGCGGAUAUCGUGGUGGGCGGAGUGGACCGGGGCAAGCCUUACCUGCAGGAUUGUUUUACAGAUGCAGGCAGAAAAUUGAAAAAAGACUCUCAGCAGGACUACCAUCUGGAGUAUGCCAUGGAAAACAGAACCCAUACAAUACUAGUUUUCAGUCGGCAACUUCACACUUGCGAUGUCAAUGACAAAAGUAUAACGGAAAGCACAGUAAGAGUGAUAUGGGCAUACCAUGACAAAGACUUCAGAGAAACAGGUCCAAAUUAUCAUGGUUCAAAUCGGGGGACAAAGAGCCUACGUUUACUGAACCCUGAGAAAACCGCUGUUAUCUCUCCCUCGUUGCCCUACUUUGACUUGACAAACCAAGACGUGCCUAUACCAGACAAGGACACAACAUAUUGGUGCCAAAUGUUUAAGAUACCUACAGUUCACGGAAAGCAUCAUGUAAUAAAGGUUGAACCGCUGAUACAGAAGGAUCACGAGAGUCUGGUGCAUCACAUCUUACUCUAUCAAUGUAGCAGCGCUCUGAAUGACAGCAUACUGGACUACGGUCAUGAGUGCUAUCAUCCGAACAUGCCGGAGUCUUUCCUUACAUGUGAAACAGUAAUUUUUGCUUGGGCCAUUGGAGGAGAGGGCUUCACAUAUCCUCCUCAUGUUGGUUUAUCCAUUGGUACAGCAACAGAUCCUCAGUAUGUGCUUAUGGAAGUCCAUUAUGACAAUCCAUCGUAUCUGGAAGGGAAGAUGGAUAACUCCGGACUGAGGCUAUUUUAUACUCCAGAUUUGAGGAGAUACGAUGCUGGAGUUAUUGAAGCAGGUCUUUGGGUCAGCCUCUUCCACAACAUCCCACCAGGCAUGCCCGAAUUCAUGUCAGAGGGUCAUUGCACUCUGGAAUGCCUGAAAGAAGCCCUGGAUGCUGAGAAGCCAAGUGGGAUUCACAUCUUUGCUGUUCUCCUACAUGCACACCUUGCUGGUAGAGCUGUAAGGGUGCGCCAUUUCCACAAUGGCCAUGAGCAGCAGCUUCUGGCAUAUGAUGAUGACUUUGACUUCAACUUCCAGGAGUUUCAGUACCUAAAAGAAGAAAGACUCAUCUUGCCUGGAGAUAAUUUAGUCACUGAAUGUCAUUACAGUACCAUGAAUCGAUCACAUAUGACUUGGGGUGGUUUUAGCACCAGAAAUGAAAUGUGCCUGUCCUAUCUUCUGUAUUAUCCAAGAAUAAAUCUCACCAGAUGCGCAAGCAUUCCAGACAUCAUGGAACAACUUCAGUUUAUUGGCGUGAAAGAAAUAUAUAGACCAGUGAGGACUUGGCCAUUUAUUAUCAAGAGUCCAAAACAAUACAAAAACCUCUCUUUUGUGGAUGCAAUGAAUAAGUUUAAAUGGACCAGAGAACAGGGUCUCUCCUACAAUAACUUUGUUCUUAAUCUGCCAGUGAAUGUAAGAUGUUCUAAGACUGAUAGUGCCGAGUGGAUGAUACAAGGAAUGAUUGCAGUGCCACCUGAAAUAGAAAGACCACAUGUGACGGAACCAGUUCUAUGUAGUUCAUCUUCCUUUUUAAGCCAUAAUCUAUUUUUAGUGCUCUUGGUUGCUCUGUACAUCUCAACCACUACUCCAAGGAAUAGUGGGCCCUUUGUAUUAUAAUUCUGAUUGGUCUCACAUAUGUUCUCUGUGCCAUGUUGUUGCAUUUGCACUGUUAUUCUUGUAGAUUUAUUUUUUUACAUAUUAAUAGACUAUUUUAUUUGCUAGUUCAAAACAGCAUUCACUUUGUUUGAA